AUGGCAAGGCGCACGCUGGGACUUCCUGACAGGAAGGAACCUCCAGCCCCGUUUGGCGCCCACAUUGACAACCCAGAGGAGCUUGUCAAGCGUUUGUCCAAGAAAUGGAACGGCACACAAGUGAUAGAGUCCCUGAAGUACAAAUUGAAGGAGUAUGAAUCCAGAUAUGGGGUAUUCGACGAAAAUAAGAACAGACAUGGUGACAAGGAGCUUGCGAUUCUGCAGAAGGUCGUCGAAGAUGGUGAAGUUGCGGAGAGCAUGCAGCCAUCUGAGCAGGCAACAGUCAACAUUCUGCAGCAUGGCUUUCGAGACUACAUUGACUUUGCCCUAGAUGAGUUGGGGCGACAUGCCCGGCUUGUGAGAACUGUCACAGACGACGAGGGCUUCAGCUGGAGUAGACAAGGCGAUGCCUCUUAUAAUCCGGGUUUGAAGUGUUCGACAGUUGAGAAUGCUGUGGGCAAUGACAUGGACAGAACCUCGCCUCCCAAGCCUUUCACAGAAUCCAGCCAAAGACUGACUGACUUCGGAGAGGAUGCUUGGUGGUUUACUGAUCCAGCCCCAGGCAGCAAAGGAUUUUCCGCUGCCAAAAAACGCGAUCUUUUUGAAAAGGAUCCCGUGCAGAAGCCUGCCAGACCAGUGUUGGACUCUCCGCAGUUGGUGCCAGGGAGGUUCAGUCUCAUUUGA